UUCCAUCAUCCUAAGGAUUCAGGCGCCUUGCCUUCGUUCUUAAGCUUCUACUUUUCUCGUCGCUAGUGAUACCCUCAGGGAAGCAGCCUGGCAUUCACUUUGCUUCUCUGCAACUUCAUCUGCUUCCUCUCCCGCCUUAGAUUUAUACGUGGACUUGCGCUUUGGACAUUUUGAGCCUGGAGUAACUGGCGCCCGACGUUCCCGGUUUGGAUCCAAGCCUCAUCUCCUGAUUGCGUCCCCUCCGCGCAUGCCAACUCUUGAGACGAUCUUUUCAAUGAUAUAGCAGCUCCGCUCUACAGCAUCCCCUGGUCCUACCUUCUCUGUUUCUGAGUGUUUAACUUAGUUGAUGGGCACUUGACAUCUGAUGCUUCUGGUCCCAGCAUGAGGAGGAGCUUAGCUCCUAGCCAGUUGGCCAGGAGGAAACCAGAAGGCAGAUCAUCCGAUGAUGAAGACUGGCAGCCUGGGACAGUAACUCCCAAGAAACGAAAAUCCAGCAAUGAGACUCAGACCCAGCAGUGUUUCCUGUCUCCUUUCCGGAAACCUUUGACUCAGUUAUUCAACCGGCCAUCCUGUCUGGAUAGCAGUCAACAUGAAGCAUUUAUUCGAAGCAUUUUGUCAAAGCCUUUCAAGGUCCCCAUUCCAAAUUAUCAAGGUCCUCUGGGCUCUCGCGCAUUGGGCCUGAAAAGGGCUGGUGUUCGUCGUGCCCUCCAUGACCCUCUGGAAGAAGGCGCCUUGAUUCUGUAUGAGCCUCCCCCACUGAGUGCCCAUGACCAGCUGAAGCUUGACAAGGACAAACUCCCUGUGCACGUGGUUGUUGAUCCCAUUCUCAGUAAGGUGUUGCGGCCUCAUCAGAGAGAGGGAGUGAAGUUCCUCUGGGAGUGUGUCACCAGCCGUCGAAUCCCUGGAAGCCAUGGCUGCAUCAUGGCUGAUGAGAUGGGCCUGGGAAAGACACUACAGUGCAUCACAUUGAUGUGGACACUUUUACGGCAGAGCCCGGAGUGCAAGCCAGAAAUUGAGAAAGCAGUGGUCGUGUCACCAUCCAGCCUGGUGAAGAACUGGUACAACGAAGUUGGGAAAUGGCUUGGAGGGAGGAUCCAGCCUCUGGCCAUCGAUGGAGGCUCUAAGGAUGAGAUAGACAGAAAACUGGAAGGAUUCAUGAGCCAGCGUGGAGCUAGAGUGCCUUCUCCCAUUCUCAUCAUUUCCUACGAGACUUUCCGCCUUCAUGUUGGAGUCCUUAAAAAAGGAAAUGUUGGACUGGUCAUAUGUGACGAGGGCCACAGGCUUAAGAACUCUGAGAACCAGACUUACCAGGCCCUGGACAGCUUGAAUACCAGCCGGCGGGUGCUCAUCUCCGGGACCCCCAUCCAAAAUGACUUGCUUGAAUAUUUUAGCUUGGUUCACUUUGUUAAUUCAGGCAUUUUGGGAACUGCCUAUGAAUUCAAGAAGCAUUUUGAGUUGCCAAUUUUGAAGAGUCGAGAUGCAGCUGCCAGUGAGGCAGACAGGCAGCUUGGGGAAGAGCGUUUGCGGGAGCUCAUCAGUAUUGUUAACAGGUGCCUGAUCCGGAGAACAUCGGAUAUUCUCUCUAAGUAUCUGCCGGUGAAGAUUGAGCAGGUGGUUUGUUGCAGGCUGACGCCCCUUCAAAUUGAGCUAUACAAGAGAUUUCUGAGACAGGCUAAGCCUGAAGAAGAAUUGCGUGAAGGCAGGAUGAGCGUGUCCUCCCUGUCUUCGAUCACCUCUCUAAAGAAGCUCUGUAACCAUCCAGCUCUAAUCUAUGACAAGUGUGUGGCAGAGGAGGAUGGCUUUGAGGGCACUUUGGAUAUCUUCCCACCUGGCUACAGCUCUAAAGCUGUAGAGCCACAGCUGUCAGGCAAGAUGCUGGUCCUUGAUUACAUUCUGGCCAUGACUCGAAGCCGCAGCAGUGACAAAGUCGUGCUGGUGUCUAAUUAUACUCAGACAUUGGAUCUCUUUGAGAAGCUCUGCCGGGCUCGAAGGUACUUGUAUGUUCGCCUGGAUGGCACAAUGUCUAUUAAGAAGCGAGCCAAGGUUGUGGAGCGCUUCAAUACUCCAUCGAGCCCUGAUUUUGUCUUCAUGCUUAGCAGCAAAGCUGGGGGCUGUGGUCUUAAUCUCAUUGGUGCGAACCGGCUGGUCAUGUUUGAUCCUGACUGGAACCCAGCCAAUGAUGAACAAGCUAUGGCCCGAGUCUGGCGUGAUGGUCAAAAGAAGACCUGCUAUAUUUACCGACUGCUAUCUGCAGGAACAAUUGAGGAGAAGAUCUUUCAGCGGCAAAGCCACAAAAAGGCGCUGAGCAGCUGUGUGGUGGAUGAGGAGCAGGACGUAGAACGGCACUUUUCUCUUGGUGAGCUGAAAGAGCUAUUUACCCUGGAUGAAGCCAGCCUGAGUGACACACAUGACAGGCUACAUUGCCGCCGUUGUGUAAACAGCCGCCAGGUCAGGCCGCCCCCUGAUGGCUCUGACUGCACUUCAGACCUGGCUCAGUGGAACCACAGCACAGAUAAACGGGGGCUCCAGGAUGAGGUACUCCAGGCUGCCUGGGAUGCAUCAUCGGCAGCCAUUUCCUUCGUCUUCCACCAGCGUUCUCAUGAGGAGCAGCGGGGCCUCCACUGAUGCCCAGCUGGUCUGGA